UUAUGUAAAAAUCCCAACAAAACGAUUGUGUGUCUGUGUAUAUAACAGUACGCCUAACACCGCUGCUAAUAGGUGCACGAAACAAGCAAAUAUGAAAGUCGCCUCGUGUACUAGUAUGCAAAACGAAAAAGGUCAAACCCCUCGUAUAUGGGAACCACAAUACGUCAAAACUGUCAAUUGACAAUGUCAAAACUCGUCGUCCUAUUGAACUUCUUAAUAUCCAGUUCGGCUCUGCUGAUCAAAGACAUCGACUGGUGCGACGCCCCCACCUGUAAAGUCCCGUACAUGCACACCAUAUGCAAGUGGGGUCUCAAAUGUAUGCCCGAGAGACGUUGCGAGACCGACGUGGGGUUCACCAAGACCAUCAAGGAUCACCUCAUGGAGCUGCACAACAAGAAACGGAGCGAGAUAGCGCUAGGUCGGGUGAGGACCAAAGGGUGCCGGAGGGAGCAAGAGGGGCUGCCAACAUGCGGGUGAUGCAAUGGGAUAUUCACCUGGAGUAUGUGGCCAGGUGCCAUUCGAGACAGUGCGAUCCGGACCACGACCAGUGCAGGGAGAUCCCCAGGUUUCCCAAGUCCGGCCAGAAUAUUUUCACCCUGGACGCGGACUUUGAGGUGGACCUCAGGGAGGUGGUGGACAAGGCGGUUGAAGAAUGGUACGGGGAAGUUCGACAUAUCCCCGAGGAUGUCUAUCAGGAGUACCGUUACGCCGACUACGACUCUCCGGAUCGUUUCACCCAAAUGGUUUGGGCGAACACUGGUUGGAUGGGAUGUGGUUUGUCGCACAUGACCAGACACGACGGUACCUUCAAGUACUUUUUGGUGUGCAACUACGGGGUGAGCGGCAACAUCGAGGGCGAGCCGAUUUAUAAAGUGGGCGAGGCCUGUUCGGAAUGUCCCAAUAACAAACGCUGCAACCAGAGGUACAAGGGUCUAUGCGGGGACGUGAUGGACGAGCCCUUGAAGUGCCCUUGUGAAGAUCAGCAAGAGGAACAGGGGGCGACGGCAACGCCGCAGGGCUAAAAAUCGUUUAAUUUCUAUGAAAAUAUAAGUUU